ACUUUCACCUCAAGAGCCAAACGAUGCGUUUCGCUCUGUUUGUCUGCUCGCAAGGGGGGCCACCAAGAACUCGGACUCCGUCCUGGGUGCUAGCCAAAAGCGGCGGAAGAGGAGGAAAUGAAGCUGAAUUGGAGGCUGCCGUCGCGCAGCAAGCACGGUAACGUGGCGGUGAAGCUGGCGGUCUCGAUGCUCUUGGUGGGUCUCGCGUUUAGGCUUCUCUUCUCAAGAUCCGAGGAGCUGCCGCCGGGUGUGGCGAACCCAGUUGCCGAAAAGUCGGUGGCGGCGAAGCCGGCCGAAUCUGAUGAAGCCUCGCCUCGAUUCGACCCGACGAGCGCGGAAGAUGGAAAUGCCGGCGCAGAUGAAUGUGAUCUUUUCUCUGGGGAUUGGAUUCCAUAUCGGUCCGGUCCAGUUUAUACCAAUCAGAGUUGCUCCUUGAUCGAGACUCACCAAAACUGUUUGGGGAAUGGGAGGCCAGAUAAAGGGUAUUUGUACUGGAGGUGGAAACCGAGAAACUGCGAAUUGCCACUAUUCAAUGGGCGGAGGUUUCUCGAGUUAAUGAGGAACAAGGCAUGGGCAUUGAUUGGCGAUUCGAUUUCUCGUAACCAUGUGCAGUCUUUGCUGUGCAUGCUUUCAACUGUAGAACAACCAAUACACGUCUAUCAUGACGAAGAUUACAAAUCAAGAAGAUGGCACUUCCCCUCCUACAAUUUCAACAUUUCAGUCAUCUGGACUCCUUUCCUCGUAAAAGCGGCGAUUUUUGAGGACAACAAUGGCGUCUCCACAUCGGCAGUUAAACUUCAUCUGGACAAGCUUGAUACGAACUGGACUAGUUUGUAUCCAAACUUGGAUUACAUGAUAAUAUCGACCGGGAAAUGGUUUCUCAAAACUGCAAUAUACUAUGAGAAUGGUCGAGCUGUGGGCUGCCAUAACUGUGACAAAGAAGACAUACCCGAGGUGGGAUUCGACUUUGCCUACAGGAAGACCCUGCAUAACGUGAUGAACUUCAUUGCAAAUUCUAAGCACAAAGGUCUGUUAUUUUUGCGCACAUCCACACCAGAUCAUUUUGAGAAUGGGGAGUGGCAUAACGGUGGGACCUGCCGGAGGACGGCUCCUGUCAAAGAAGGUGAGAUCGAAUUGAAGGACCUGAACCGAAUUCUCCGUGACAUUGAACUCAGCGAGUACGAGAAGGCAUCAGCCAUAGCUGCUAAAACUGGCGUGAAUCUAAAGCUUCUCGACUUCACUAAUCUCUUGCUGACAAGGCCCGAUGGGCAUCCGGGUCCUUACAGGGAGAUUUAUCCGUUUGCAAAGGAUAAGAACGCCAAAGUCCAGAACGACUGCUUGCACUGGUGCUUGCCAGGGCCUAUUGAUGCUUGGAACGACGUGAUAAUGGAAAUUGUAAUGAAUGCGAGUUGAACCAGAGAAGCAAAACCCGAGAUAUAAUUGAUAGAUUGCUGAAAUUGUAAAUGCAUGCAACAGUGCGAUGCACACUCCUCAGCAGGAGUUUGCAGUCUCUGGAUGUAUUGCAAUGGUUGUGAAUA